AUGGCGAAAUUUCAGCCCCCUGAAAGCUUCGACUUUUCCGCACCUGAGAAUUGGCCCCGCUGGAAAAGCCGAUUCACACGCUUCCAGAUUGCUACCAAACUCUCUUCCGAAUCCGCAGAUGUCCAAAUCUCCACUCUCAUCUACUCUCUGGGCCCAACUGCGGAUGAUAUCUUCCAGCGUGAGUUGUCCUUCGCCCAAGAUUCCGACAAGGACGACUUCGAUAAAGUGGUCGAUGCUUUCGACAAGUACUUUGCACCUGCGGACAAUGUUAUCCACGAACGGACGCAGUUCGCUCGUCUCCGCCAGCUCCCCGGUGAGUCCGUAGCCACGUUCUCAAGCCGACUCCACUCUGUCGCGGCGAGAUGCCGUUUCGACAAGCCGUCAGAACGGAUCCGCGAUCACCUCGUCGCCCACAUGGCUGAUUCUGAAGUGAGUAAGGCAAUGCAGAAAAAGGACAUAGGCUCCCUCACCCUCGCCGAUGUUCUCAAGGAGGCCAAGGCAGCUGAGACCCUCGAAAUCCAGCUAGCCACUCAGCGCUCCGCAGCCACUCAGCCCUCCGUCGCUGCCGCUGUCGCUCGCGGACAUCACAAACAAUCUCGUGGAACUGGCAGACCGAAGAAUGCUCCGGCUGCAUCUCGCCAGUCCGCGCCUAGCUACUCGACACGUGGCCCUCCAGCAACCUCUGCUCCGCGCGCUCCCUGCUCCGGCUGUGGCUCAUCUAGUGCAAGUAGUGGUCACUCGCGCCGCGAGUGUCCUGCUUGGUCCGUCGAGUGCCGUAAGUGCCAGCGUCGUGGUCACUUUGCCAAAGUGUGUCGUAGCUCUCGUCAAGUGGGCGCGAGCGAGAUGUCUGACCAUCCGGUGAGUGAUUCUGCUAGUGCUAGUGCGAGUUGUUUUAUGGGUAGUGCUUCAUCCGAGUCACAGGAACCCAGUAUCUGUGUUUUGAGUUCAGUAUCCAUUCCUGACUCAACUGAACCCUGGCUUGUUGAGCUCCCUAUCAAUGGCCAGUCAGUGUUGUUCAAGCUGGACUCUGGCGCAGACUGCACACUCCUGUCACUGCCGUCCUACAAUAGCCUCAGUCCUCAACCUAAGCUCACGCCGAUCUCCACUAAGGUCACUGGACCUGACGGCCAACCUCUACCCAUACACGGCGCAUUUGUUGCUGCCAGCUCCUGGAAGGACCGCAACGUCACUUUCCGUGUUAUUGUUGUUGAUGGCCCCAGCAACCUCCUGAGCCGCAGUGUGUGCCAGGACCUGAACCUCCUGUCUUGCGAUGUAUCCGAGGCAUCCGCAAGCCCUCCGUCCGCUCCUCCUGUCAUUGGUCGCAUGUCCGGUCCUGCAGCUACCAUCGAGCUGCAAGACAAUGCCCAACCAUAUCACUGCCAGACCGCACGACGAGUUCCCAUCCACCUGCAAGCCAAGGUCAAGACCGAACUUGACCGGAUGGUCCAGAUGGGAGUCAUCUCUCCAGUCACCGAUCCGACCGACUGGUGUGCGCCCAUGGUGCCCGUGCUCAAGAAGAAUGGCUCCGUCCGCAUCUGCGUGGAUCUCAAACGCCUGAACCAGUCCGUGAAGCGUUCACACUUCACUCUGCCGACCAUCGAAGACACCCUGGGCAAGCUGUCCGGAGCCAAGGUCUUCUCGUCGCUUGACACGGCGUCUGGGUUCUGGCAAGUGCCACUUGCUGACGACAGUGCGUCACUCACUACGUUCAUGACACCGUUUGGCCGGUUUCACUUCAACCGUCUACCCUUUGGUAUCACCAGUGCGCCAGAGGUUUUCCAGCGUCGCCUACUGGAAAUCGUUGGGCACAUUCCCAACGUGGUCGUCUUCAUGGAUGACAUCCUCGUGUUCGGUGCCACUCUAGCUGAGCACGAUGCUGCCCUCACUGCUGUCCACGCAGCUCUCGCUUCUGCAGGCGUACUCCUCAACCCCGCCAAGAGUCGCCUCCGUAUGAAGUCCCUGACGUUCCUGGGUCACCUCAUCGGUGCUGACGGUGUCCGCCCAGACCCAGCCAAGGUGUCUGCCAUCCAAGCUCUGAAGUCACCGACCAAUGUGCCCGAGUUACGCCGUGCUAUGGGUAUGUUCACGUUUCUGUCGAAGUUUGUGCCAGAUAUGGCCAAUGUCAGUGCCCCGCUCCGUGCUCUACUGAAGGCCGACACCGCCUGGCAGUGGGACACCCAGCAAGAAACUGCCUUCUGUCGCCUCAAGGAACUCGCUACUACUGCUCCCUGCUUGGCACUGUUCUCGCCCGACCAGCCCGUCCGUAUUAGUGCUGAUGCCAGUAGCUACGGACUGGGUGCUGUCCUCCUGCAGCCUGAUGGCUCCCGCUGGCGCCCUGUUGCCUAUGCGUCCCGCUCUCUAUCACCUACUGAGCAGCGCUAUGCCCAGAUUGAGAAAGAGUGUCUCGCCAUCGUUUGGGCAUGCGAGCAUUUCCACCACUACAUCUACGGCGGUCCUCAGUUCACAGUCGAGACUGACCACAAGCCUCUCGUGCCUCUCAUCAACUCCGCUGAUCUCGCCCGCUCUCCUCUGCGAUGCCAGAGACUCCUGAUGCGGCUGAUGAGGUACAACCCAACCGCUAUCCACGUGCCUGGCAAAUCACUCGUCAUUGCCGACACCCUAUCCCGUGCUCCGCAAGAGUCCUCGCCUACUAGUGAUCUUGCUGAUGAAGUACAGCUGCAUGUGUCUGCCGUCACAUCGCAUUGCUCCACCGACCCGCUCUUGGUCGACAUUCGGAACGCGACCAACGCUGAUGCCGACAUGUGUCGCCUCCGUGCCCUCAUCCUCAACGGGUGGCCAGCCAAGCCCACCUCGGUCCCCGCUAGCCUCCGCCCGUACUUCGCUGUUCGCGAUGAGCUCUCAACUGCUGAUGGUCUCAUAUUCCGUGGCCAACGUGUCAUCAUCCCUGCAUCCCAGCGCAACGCCACCCUUGCCAGUGCUCACGAGGGUCACCAAGGCGUUGGUAAGUGUCGUGCUCGUGCGCGUGCUGUGAUGUGGUGGCCUGGUAUGUCUACGGACAUUGAGUCGUAUGUGAUGUCUUGUGCCACCUGUGCCAAGGCCCGUCCUAACCCAGCCGAGCCGCUCAUCUCGUCCGAGUUCCCAUCUCUUCCAUGGUCAAAGAUCGCGUGUGAUCUGUGUGCAGCCAAAGGAUCCACUUACCUAGUUGUUGUCGACUAUUUCUCGCGCUACAUCGAAGUCAAACAACUUACCACUACUACGUCUGCCGCUGUGAUUGCCUGUCUCCACUCCGUGUUUUCUACCCAUGGUAUUCCACACACGCUAGUGUCUGAUAACGGUCCACAAUUUGCUAGUGCCAGCUUCCGUGCAUUUGCUGCCGAGCUUGGGUUUGCCCAUCGCACGUCAAGUCCUCGCUUCGCCCAAAGCAACGGCGCUGCAGAACGUGCCGUUCAGACAGCCAAGCAGCUCAUCCUCAAGAAUGAUGACUUGCCUUCCGCUCUCUUGGCCUACCGGUCUACGCCAUUGGCCAACGGUUAUUCACCGUCACAGCUGUUGUUCGGCCGCCAAAUCCGCUCCCGGCUACCAGGACCCCUCCCUGCUCCAGCGUGGCCUGAUUUGACCGCCCUUGCCUACAAGGAAGCAUCUUCCAGGUCUCGGCAGGCUGAUCGCUACAAUCAACGCCACCGUGCUCGACUGCUGCCUGUUCUCGCCCCUGGUGCUCCUGUGUAUGUCCCCGAUAUGGACAAAACAGGACACGUCCAGAACCGCCUGUCCGAACGCUCUUACACGAUCGACCUCACUCCUGGGUCAUCUGUCCGCCGAAAUCGUCGCCACAUGCGUGCGUUGCCAUCGACGCCAUCCGCGUCAGCCAAACGCCCUGUUCCCUCCAGCUCAUCCUCCUCCAUUGAGCCCAUGUACGAGGUUGACUACGGUGUUCCUGCUCCCGUCCGUGUUGCCCUGCAACCACCAGCUAACUCUACUCUGCCGCCUCUUCUGCCUGUGCCGCAGUCUCCUCGAGUUGCUAAGCCUCUGCCACCCGGUCGCAGACCACCAUCCAGCCGUGUUCGCCAUGCGCCGCAACGCUAUGCUGCCAAUACCUGA